AGAAUAUUGUCGCUUGAUGGAUUUUCGGCGCAUUGUUCGGUGGUUCUAAAGCGAGCUUCAAAAUAAACACGAGUCCGAUCUGAUUUGCAUUUUUGCAAUAUCGUCUUCGGACCGAGAGCAAGAGCGUAGCGCUGUACAUUUAUCAAACGACACGGGUAUUUUACGGACGGCAAUCCGGUAGCCACGGCACGAUCUCACUCACGGAGCGCGCAGCAUAAACCCGCGCGUAGCGAGAAGCAUGUCGACAGCAGAGGAACUCAGGCAGCAAGAGUCGCAACUGAAAAAUCAGUUGGAGCAAACCCGAAACAUCGACGAGAGACGAAAAAUCCGAGCCGAACUCCGAGCGAUUAAAGCAAAGAAGGACGCACUCGGCGACGACAAUGGCCAAGCCAAGCAAGCAACCGUGUCGAGCAAGGUUGUUAUGACUAUGAACAAACGGUCUGAGGACUUUGAAAACAAAAGUAAACUGAUAGCCAACUCCGAGCAAAUCCAGAUAAAUCUACCUGUUAACCAACAGGGAGAACCCCAUAACAAUAACACUCGCACGACAUUCAAGUUCGAGAUGAGUUCUAACAAGUUUGAGUCAGGACGACGAACGAAUUAUUCUAAUGGUCCCGCGGUAGAGGAGAAGCGCCCGAGGAAAAACCAAGAUGUUAACAAUAACCAGGAUGCGGGGAAAGAGAACAGCGGCAAACCCAUGCGCAUGAGUCGACGCGCAUCCUUAGCCGAGCUGUUCAAGAUUGAAGAGGAUGCGAGUAAGGCACGCAAAGGUGUCACGGCGGUAGCUGCCGCUCCCAAGCCAGAGGCCGGUAGGAGGGCGGUGUCGGCCCAGCCGGUAGGACACCUUGCUCCCCCAGGGGAGGACAAGACCAAGCAGGACCUGAUCCAGAAUUUGGGCCGUCUACGUCAGCGUCGUCGGUCGAUUCGUGAGAUUCAGAACAGAGACGAGCUGGAAGGGCUGAUGUACGUGAAGCAAGGAGAUGCGGUCAAACUGGUCAGCACCACCGAGGGUGAGGAACAGGCGAAAGAGCAACGGCGCAUGCGCAGAAACUCCCGCAAAGAGGAGAUGAUGAAGGUCGAAGAGAAAAAUGAAGUCGAGACGCCGCUUUCGCCAGUGAAAGAAGAAAGUCCUUCUACGAACAAAACUUUUGGUUAUCAAACCGCCCCUGCCGCUCAGAGGUUUGGUGCGCCUAGGGCAGAACCCCCUAUAGGGCGUGGCCGGUUCGAGUCUCAUGCACCCCAACAGGCGCCACCCUCCAGGUUUGCAGGAGGAGGAAGACCACAGCCGAAAUCCUUUUUACCCAAUAAGAAUGAGGAAAUGGAGCCGCCAAAGAAGCUCGGCUCUGUUGCUGAUCGAAUGGCCUAUUUCAGACAGCAGGCUGCCAAGGAGCAAAAGGCAGCAUCAACUUCUAUGCCUGUUAAGAAAGUUCCCGCCCCCGUUUCUCCUGCACAACCCACCCCUCCCUCCCCUGGCCCGACUUCGCCUACCUCACCCAAUGGGAGAGCAUCACUCAAGAAAGCUCCCGAUCCAAGCAAACAACCUCGAGAACUUAAAAAGAAGCCACAAUUGAAACGUCAGAUGUCAGUUUCUUCGCUUAUUCUCACGUGGUGCAAAGACGUCACCGAAGGUUAUAAGGGAGUAAAUAUAACCAACUUCAGUGGAAGUUUCGCUAAUGGCCUUGCGUUUUGUGCGCUUAUCCACAAGUUCAACCCCGACAAGUUUGACUUUGAUUCACUGGACCCAGAGAAUAGACAUUACAACUUCAAGCUAGCAUUUGAAACUGGAGAGUCGGUAGGUGUUCCAGCUCUCCUAGAUGUCGAAGACAUGUUUCGUAUGAAGAAACCCGAGCCUCGAAGCGUCCAAUGUUAUGUACAAAUGAUCUUUAGCAAAUACCGACCUAAAGAUUUGGAUACGUCCAAUCUUAUUAUAGCCUAAUGGGAUACAACAGGGAUCCUGAUAAUCCGGGAUUCAGUUCAAGUAUCUUUAUAAAUUUUAUAGACAGUAUGCCCCUGGCUAUGGCGAAUCCCUCUUUUUCACAUCUCAUAUGUGCCACAGAUAUCCCAACGAUCGGGGACAAAGACACCUUUUACCAAUGCGUACGGUCAUUAGACAGUAUACCACAGGAAAUCCGGAAGAUCUAGGACGAGACAGCGCCUGGCUAGACUACAGAAGACCCGAGAAUCCAAGACUACGAUAAUAUGAAUCCUUAUUAUCUGGGAUAAUGUCUCGUACGCAUCAAGAACUGUGAAGGUGUAAAUCCGGACUAUUUAAUGAUACGUACUGAUGGACAGGUUAAGAAAAUACAACAAGAUGGGUGUGUGUCAAUCCUAAAACUACACAGGGAGUCCAAGCGCCCAGGGUAUAACUUUAGCUACUAGGGUAAAUAACCUUGAAAAGGCUUUCUAAUACUUUCUAAUAUGUUUCUUAUCUUAGUGUAGUUUUUCAGAUUUGAAUGUCCUUGGUCUAAAUCCUUUGAGCAGUUAUGAGGCAAAGUUUAGUUACAAAAACAAGAACUUGAAGACCCUGAUUUUACUAGCAGACUAUCGACUUCAAUCACUGAACUUUAAUCAAUCCUGCAAUGAAUUAGCUUAAUUUGAUUGUUUCAUUUUAUUUAUAGUAUGAAUUGAUCCAUUCUUCCCAAAAUUAUCAUAGUUCUCAAUAUUAAAUAUCAAAUAUUCAUCAAGCAAGGGUCUAGGGUAUUAGUAGAAUGACGUCACAUGCUAUAUCUUUCCUUGGAGUAUAUGUCAAUUUUAUUGCUAAUUCCCAAAUUUUUGUACAUUCAAAGGCAUUUUUUCUACAGUUAUAAUGUAUUAAUAUAAUGUAUUUUUAUAUUUGGUAUAUUUUUGGAAUACCGAAAUGUUUCCUUUAAAGAUCUUUAGAGAAAAUCAUGUGCUUCGUU